AUGGGAGCAAAACACUCUAAAAUUGUUGCCAUUCCAAUCAACUUCUCUGCUACUCCUUCGGCUGCUGAACAAGAACCUUUCCAAACUAUUAAUGAAGUUACUAGCCAUAUUAAUGAAAUGCUACAAAAAAUGACAAAUUAUAAAGCAAAAGAAACUGAAAUUAGGGCAGCAAUUGCUACUCCAUCACCAGAAACAGAAGAGGCUGCAUGGAAAGCAAUUGUACCUCAAGUCCAAACGAUUAAUUCAUUUUUUGAAUAUAGUAGAAGUAUGAAAAUAGAAGUAGUUAAAUCUCUAAGACUAAUCUGUAAAUUAAAUGGAAAUGAUAGUGUUACUCAGUAUCAAGCUGUUACUGUCAAAUUAAUGGAAUUAAUAGAUUUUGCUGUUCAAUUUGAUAAUAAGAAAUUAGCUAAUCCUGGUCUUCAAAAUGAUUUUAGUUAUUAUAGAAGGUCAGUUGGUAAAAUGAAACAAAAACAUCGUGAAGAUGUUGUGUUAAGAGAUGAAGUAACAAAUCAAAUUUCUAUGUUCUUUGCAUUUGCUGCACCAAUGAUUCUUUGUUUAUGUGAAGCAUUAAAUGAAGAUAUUAAAAAUGGUUUAAGUUUAGAUAAUUUAGGAGACUGGCUUCGAACUGUUGCUUAUUCAUGUUGUACAGAAGCACAAAAACAUGGAUCAAAUGGGAUUCAAUUAUUACGAAUUAUGACUGGAUGUAUCUUAUUGUAUGAUACAGUUGUUCCAACUGGUGCUUUCAGUUCCAAAGGAAAAUUCAAUGUACUUGAAUGUGUUAGAACAUUACAAACUUACCAAGAAGAAGAAGUUGCUUUAUUAGCUAAUUCUCUUAAGUAUUCAACUAAACAUUUUAAUGAUGAAGAUACUCCAAAAAACAUUAAAGUCCUCUUAUUGUGA